AUGGUGGCGAUGAACGUCUUCCGGCUGCUGGGGGACACGUCUCAUUUGCUCUCCUUCAUCGUGAUGUUUUGGAAGCUCUUCACCUCCAAGAGCGUCGCUGGCAUCUCGCUCAAGACACAGCUGCUAUACGUCAUCGUAUUUUGCUUUCGAUACCUCGACAUCUUUUGGAACUUUCUCUCCAUCUACAACACAAUCAUGAAGGUCAUCUUCAUCUCGUCGUCCGUGGCGGUGGUGUACGUGAUGAAGUUCGGCGUGCCGCACAAGGACACCUACUCGCAGGAGGACGACGCCUUCCCCAUCGCCUACCUGGCGGUGGCCAUUCUGCCGCAGCUCUUCAUGCUGCAGAAGCAGGGCGGCGCGGAGGCCACCCUCCGAGGCGAGCGCGCGGCCAGCGCGGCGCGACCGCCCUCGCCUUUGGUGGCAGGCCACUACAUAUUGCUGCUGGGGCUGUACCGCCUCUUUUACAUCCUCAACUGGAUCUACCGCUACGCGACCGAGCCGCACUACAUGCAGCUCAUCGUCUGGAUCUCGGGCACUGCGCUCUACCUCGACUUCUUUUACACGUACAUGAAGUCGAAGCGAGAGCGCGGCAUCGACGCGCCCAUCGAGAUCGACUCGGUCUGA